AUGGAUGGGAGGAGAAUAACAGCGAGUCCGCGCCCGUGCUCUGGGCGGCGAGUGUUGGCAACGAAGCGGCGUCGGGGCUCAGAUGGACUUGUUAACUGCGUGAAAAAGCUGCAAAGACGUGAGAUUUCCUCGAAGCGCCACCGUGCUUUCUGUAUGAGCGAUGCUCAAGAGCGGUUCCGCAACAUCUGCUUGCAGGAGGAAUAUGAUACUCAUGAUCCCAAGGGUCACUUUUCUAUGAUGUUGCCAUUUCUCAAGAAGAGGUCAAAAAUUAUUGAGAUAGUUGCUACCCAUGAUAUUGUCUUUGCUCUUGCUCAAUCUGGUGUUUGUGCAGCAUUCUGCCGAGUGACUAACAAGAGGAUAUGCUUUCUGAAUGUAACUCCUGAUGAAGUCAUUCGGAGCUUAUUUUACAAUAAAAAUAAUGAUUCCCUCAUCACCGUUUCAGUUUAUGCUUCAGAUCAUUUUAGUUCCUUGAAAUGCAGAACCACGGGGAUUGAAUACAUACGAAGGGGUAAACAGGAUGCCGGUUUUCCUCUCUUUGAAACAGAGUCAUUGAAGUGGCCCGGUUUUGUGGAAUUUGAUGACGUAAAUGGGAAGGUUCUUACUUAUUCUGCACAAGACAGCAUAUACAAGGUGUUUGACUUGAAAAACUAUACAAUGCUAUACUCCAUCUCGGAUAAAAAUGUACACGAGAUUAAAAUCAGUCCAGGAAUCAUGUUACUGAUAUUUAACAAAGCCAGUGGCCACGUUCCUCUAAAGAUUCUGUCCAUUGAGGACGGGACUGUUCUUAAAUCCUUCAGCCAUCUCCUCCAUAGAAACAAGAAGGUGGAUUUCAUUGAACAAUUCAAUGAGAAGCUUCUUGUCAAGCAAGAAAAUGAGAACCUACAGAUUCUUGACGUUCGCAAUUCAGAAUUAAUAGAAGUGAGCAGAACCGAGUUCAUGACCCCAUCAGCAUUUAUAUUUUUGUACGAGAACCAGUUAUUCCUGACAUUCAGAAACCGAACAGUUGCUGUUUGGAACUUCCGUGGGGAGCUUGUGACUUCAUUCGAGGAUCACCUUUUAUGGCAUCCAGAUUGCAAUACGAACAACAUAUACAUAACAAGUGAUCAGGAUCUUAUCAUUUCGUAUUGCAAAGCUGAUUCUGAUGAUCCACUAUCAGAAGGAAACGCUGGUUCGAUCAAUAUCAGCAAUAUCUUGACUGGGAAGUGCCUUGCAAAAAUAAAAGCAAGCAAUGAUUCUAUCAUGGAAGAUUGUGGUUGCAGUGCGAGUUGUGGGGGCAAAAUUUGCAACUCAAGGAAGCAAAUCCAAGCUUCUAGGAUAAGGAGCACUGUUACAGAAGCCUUGGAAGACAUCACUGCUCUCUUCUACGAUGAAGAUCGGAACGAGAUAUACACUGGAAAUCGGCUCGGCCUUGUCCAUGCGCUACUUCCAUUUCAGUUCUGGCACGUAGCAUCCUUCUUUAAUUGGAUCAGACCUCCUAACGUGCUUAUUUAG